AUGGAGCUGCCCCUUAAUACCGACGAGCAGGGGAUCUUCCUGCCAGAAACUCUUAUCUGGGUCGUGUGUAUGGCUGGCACUCACUACCGGCCAUAUUUUACGCCAUCACGUUGCUCUCGUCUCAAUUCCCGAAAGUUCUCCGCCACUCGCGGCAUCGAGAUAUUCGACACCGCCACGUUCGGCCCCAACAUCAUCGCCCGCGCGAACCACAUAGCCGCCGUCGAGCGAUGGAAUACCCCGCAGGUUAUCGACGAACCCCUGCAAAAAUCAACAUCAACGUUUGAGGCCGAGGUCGAUGUUCAGCACGAAGUUACCGAGCAGCAUUACCGCGACCAGAAGGCUUUCGGUUCCGAAUCCGUAUGA